AUGAUUAAAAAAUUAAUUAUCUUAUUUUAUUGUCAUAUUAUAACAUAUACUUCUGCGACUAUAGAAACUACAUUAUUUCAACACAGUAUACCAGAACAAUCAACUUUGAUUCAUGACGGAACUUCUAACCCAACUAUAAAGUAUCAAACAUCAGAGAAAACAACUUUAGGUACAACUAUAGAUGCAACUAUAUAUGCGACUAAAAGCACAACUUUGAAUGUUACUUCUUCCUCUUUUGCACCUACUACAGUAACAUUCCCACAAUUUGAAACUACAAAAAAUAUAUUUACAUCUACAACAAAACCCUAUGAAUCUUGUCAUGAUCAGGUGAAUAGUAGUAAUAAUAAUAACUGUAUUCAAUCAUUGUGCACAAUUCCUCAAUACAAAAAAAUAAUGAAAAUUAUUUGCCCUAAAACAUGUGGAUAUUGUGGAGUAACUAAUACAUCACUACCACAAAGAUGUUUGGACAAAAAUAUUAAUUGUAAGGGUUCUGCUAAAGAAUUAUGUAAAUCUUAUAAAGCUAUGUCUAUAAUGUGCCCAUGUCUUUGUUCAAGUCAAUAA